AGCGCCGUUAUGAAUGUGAAAGAGCAGAAAUAAGCAGCCUCGCAGAAGCCCGUGAGGAGCCUCACUGUUUCUUCUGAUCCACCACAUCCACCCUUGGUCAGGUUGAUUCACCCGGGCCCUGGACCGGCUUCAGUGAUGGCGGACUCUCUGCCGCCUGCUCUGCUGGAAGCCUGUGUGGUGGUCGGAGCAUCUAGUGACAAACUCCAGGAAGUCUACCAGACCAUUAACAGUGAUGGAGCUCUCGAACACCUCCUACUGGAGCCAGAGGUACUUAAUGUCUUGACGCCACCCUUUGUUACCAGACCACAAGCUGAGAGUGAGGUGCUGGGGUCGCGUGGGAAGCUGCGGCGCUCUUUUCUCAGGAAAAAGAGGGAACCGCCCCCUUCAGCUGCACCAACAACCAGUCAAGGUGCAGCAGAUGGAAGAGAAGGAAUAGAGGAUGUCAGUGUACCUAAAGACAUUGAUCUCAUGGCUUUACCUCAGCUCUGCUUCCCCGGUGGCCUGCAGGUCGCCAAUAAACAGAAAGAGGAACAAUUCCACUUCCUGGUUUUCACUGACAUCUUUGGCAACAAAACCCACGGAGUAGUAAUGCAGUGCUAUCGUCCAGUACUGGAGGGGAUGUCUUUCUGUCACAAUGGUGGAGGGUCUCCUAAGUGUCCUAAGCUGUUCUGUGCCUACAGCAUUUGUGUCAUAUCCAAGCAUCCUUACUUCACUGCACUCAAAGAUUGUCUUUCAUGUCUUUUAAUCCAGCUGAGAACUUGUCGAUUAUCAGACAUGAAAGAGCGAGUGAAGGAGUUUGCAGCCAAACUGACACUUGUGCCAAUUCCACCUCCUGGACAGCUCCACUUGAUGUUUACAAUACGUCCUCUAACCAUCAUACUGCCCUCCAGAGAAGACAAGGACCACCCACUUAUAGAUUUAGACCUCCAUCUGCCUUUCCUUUGCUUCAGGCCACAGCAGCUACUGCAGGUGCUCUCUUGUCUCUUGCAGGAACAGCGGGUGGUGUUAUUUUCUGCUGACUGGGCCAGACUCACGCUGGUGGCAGAGAGCUUGUUGCUGUUUCUACAGCCUCUGUCAUGGCAGCACCCAUAUGUUCCUGUCCUGGCUAAAGGCAUGCUGGACUUUCUAAUGGCUCCUACUGCCUUCCUUAUGGGCUGCCAUCUCAAUCAUUUUGCAGAGGUGUCAGCGGAAACAGAUGAUCUGAUCUUAAUAAAUAUUGAUGAUGGAAGUGUCAGCACUUCUACUUCUGACUCUGUUGACCUACCUGACAUUCCUCCAGUUGCUGCACACGGCUUCACACUGAGGUGUCAAUCGUUGCAAAUACAUUUUGACUUGGAUCAGUGCCACCACGCAAGUUGCGCUGACAUCAAUGAACAGCGGGCACAGCGGAGAACGUGGCAACACGACCUUAACCACGACAUCCAGAGGAUUACACUGGAAUUAAUUGUCAACAUUUUCAGGGAUGUCAGCAGUCAUCUGAACUAUGAACAUCGAGUGUUUCACAGUGAAGAGUUCCUGAAGUCCAGAGAGCCAGCCGAGCAACUGUUUUACAAGAAGGUGCUGGAGACACAUAUCUUCCAUUCCUUUCUUAAGGAUCGUCUCAACAGGAAAAUGGAUAGCUUUGCUCGACUGGAGCUAAGCACCCGUUCUGAGAUGCAGAAAAUAAACACUGUGGUCGCAGCCCCACACAGGCCGACCAUGCAGCAGAUUCAAGCCAGGAGAAGGGGCUCCAUCUCAGAGAACAGGCUGACUAAGAGACUGGGGAUGAGCCUCCCUAACUUGAGAGAGGAUCAGACUAUCAGCUUCCAAAGAAACACACUGCUCUCCAGGACCCUCUUAUCUGACCCUGCACCAAGAACACCUCCUAAGCCUGUAAAGGUGUUUAAACUUCCAGACUUCCCAGUGUCUCUGUCCUUCCACUCUGUUCAAGGUUAUUACAUGGAGCUCAUCCAGCAGCUCGGAAAAGCUAUUUUCUCUGUCCAAAGUGAGAACUCUGCCAUGCUGGCCAGAUACUACUACUUGCGUGGUUUAAUCAACACAUUGUGUUCGUGGCGACUGGACGCGCUGAGCGACUUCCAAAACCUCAAUAAGACCGACACUGCAAUUUUCCCCACGCACUUGGUCACAUGGCUUGUAGACUCGCUGCACAAAGAUGAGAGACAGCAAGCUGAAAGACGACCGGAACUCAAGCGGCUCAUCCUCAAGGUUAAGACAGAUAAUGAGAAGCCGCUGGUGGAGCCUGACGACCAUGUAAAGAAGUUUCGGCUUCCCUGUAAGCCUCUGCAUCAGGAGGAGUUUGUGCGUUGUGUUCAGGAGUGCAGGAUUGUUAGAGAUGUUGCAACCAUACAGCGUUUAUUUGAUGCUCUCACUGACAUUGCAUACACACACACCUCUUCGUCUGUCCGAGGUCAGCCAAAGCAAGUGGACCCUGAACUUUUCAGAGCCUUCUACACGUUCUGGAAAGACAUGGAAGCUGAAGCACAAGAUGUCAAUCUGCCCUCUGAUGUCAUUGACCAACUUGACAAUAGUGAAUGUGUCUACAAGUUGUCUUCCUGCGUCAAGACUUCCCACGGUGUCGGUAAAAUCGCCAUGACGCAGAAACGUCUGUUUUUGCUUACCGAAGGGCGGCCCGGUUUCUUGGAAAUUGCAAAGUUCAGAGAUAUACAGGAGGUAAAAAUGACCUCAGCUCCCUUUCUGCUUAUUCGUAUUCCAUCCCUUCGUAUCCUGACGUCCGGCAGGCCUGAGGCGUUUGAAGCCAACCUGAAGACGGAAACUGAGCUCUGGAACCUUGUGAUCAAAGAGAUGUGGGCUGGACGCAAGAUGGCAGAUCAACAUAAGGACCCUCAGUAUAUGACUCAGGCUCUAACCAACGUCCUGCUAAUGGAUGCUGUCACAGGCUGCUUGCAGAAUCAGAGAUCCAUCACUGCUGCUUCAAAGCUGGCGUACUUUGAUAAAAUCAAACAUGAAGUGCCUAUGAUAGUACCCAAAACUACCUCAGAGACUCUGAAACACAAGAUCAACCCAUCACUGGACAUGGCUGAACCUCAGACUGUACAUGUGCUGCUUUACACUCCAGGUCAGCUGACUGGUAACGGCUCAGCAGGUGAGAUGAACCCAAAGCUGUGGGUGGCACUCAGUGGGGGCAAGGUGGUUGUAUUUGAUGCAGCGAGCUGGUCCAUGCUGCAGGACUGCAUCCAGGUUGGAGAGUCGCAGCUGAACUGCAUGAUGGGACUGGUCCAGGAGCAGGUGUGGAUUGGUUCUCAGGACUCUGUAAUCUACAUUAUCGACACUUACAGCAUGUCCUGCAACAAACAGCUGACAGAACACAGACAUGGAGUGACUGGCCUCUCAGUGGACACCAGCAACCAAAACAACAGUCAGCUGACAUACUCCUGCAGCUGUGAAGGGACCAUCCUGCAGUGGGACUCAUCCAGUCUCAAAGUGAAGCGGCACUUCUACCUCAGCUGUGAUUCUCUCUCCUCCAUACAGAUUCAUGGCGGCACUCUGUGGUGCUGUUGUGGUGACGGCAUUGUGGAAAUGAAAAAGAGUGGAACACCACAAAGAAAGAUAACACUUCCCAAGGACAUAUGGAGCAUGCCCAGUAGUUUCAGCAGCUUCAUUGUUAUUCCAGAGCGGGGCGAGCUGUGGGCAAGCUGUGCAACUUCAGCAGAGUUGUGUCUCUGGCAAACAAACAAUCACAAACAUCCGUUCAAAAUAAUCUCCCUUCCACGGAGUUCAGGAGUCACCUGUAUGAUUCGUGUCAAAGACCAAAUCUGGGUUGGCUGUCAUGGAUGGAGGUAUGCUGGAGGUCAGUGUGACAGUCAGCUGAGUAACCAGGUGUUGGUAGUGGACCUAGAGAGCCACACAGUAACAAAGGAGCUGCAGGCCCAUUCAGACAGCAUUCAGACACUCUGCUCUGUGGAGGAUCGCUACGUCUUCAGUGGUUCUGCAUGUCGUGAUGGCAAGAUCGCCAUCUGGAAGGUCGAGUAGAGACAGAACAAGAAGCCGAAUGCAAAGACGCAGGUAGAACUGAAGCAAGAAAUGAGCGUGGAGAUGGAGGAAGGAAAAAAGUCAUUUUUGAAUACAAAAAAAUGUUACAUGUAUUCUUUUUGUGACGGCCAGAUUUUUUUCUGUAUAAAGGAAUUUUUGACAGCCCCCAGAGAAACCAGAGCCACGAGGAAAUAAUGAAAUUACUGUUUUUGACCUGUUUCGUUUGUCUGAAAACGCAAUACAUGCUGGGGUGGGGUGGGGUGUGUUUUUGUAAUGGCCAGCAGGAGGUGACUCUUCUGGUUGCAAAAAGAAUGCAUGCAUUCAUGUACUCAGUAAACACUUUCCUAAUGAGU